GGCCGCUGUGGUUCCGCUCCCUGGUUCUGGGUAGUCUUUUCGAUUGAGUCCUGACUAUUGGUCCCCUUAUCCGUAUUGGGGAGCCGGGAGCGGGCACCGGCGGGAGUGAGCGCUCCAGAUGACGCUGCAGGGGCAAUGGCCAUGGCACUGCUCUGGGCCGUCGGGGUCUCGAGUUGGGGUUGCUCGGGUCGCCACCUCGCGCGUCAUUUCUCCCGAGCUGCGGGGCGUGAGGAGCGGCCAGGCGGGGAGGAGCUGAGACGCCUGCUGCUGGAUGACCUGGCGCCGACCCCGAGCUCUGAGCGGGGACUGGAACUUCUGUUUGGCCUGUCCCCUUGUCUCCUGGCCCUGCGGGCCGCCCGUCGCCGCGUGGCCAGGCUCCUGCUCCAGGCCGGCAGGUCCGGGUUGCAGGGAGAGCGGGCCGAGCUGCUCCGGGUGGCAGAGGCGCGGGACAUCCCAGUUCUGCGGCUCAGACGGCAGAAGCUGGACGCACUGUGCCGCUUCCAGGUCCACCAGGGCGUCUGCAUGGAGGUCAGUCCGCUGAAGCCUCGGCCUUGGACGGAGGUCGGGGAGGCGAGGCCAGGCGACGACCCCCAGCAGCUGUGGCUCGUCCUCGAGAGGCUCCAGGAUCCCCGCAAUCUUGGGUCCGUGCUGCGUUCUGCUCACUUCCUCGGAGUGGAUAAAGUCAUCACCACCGGGAGAAACAGCUGCCCGCUCACUCCGGUAGUCAGCAAAGCCAGCGCCGGGGCUAUGGAGGUGAUGGACGUGUUCUCCACUGAUGACCUAGCCGGUUUUCUACAGGCCAAAUCCCGGCAGGGCUGGCUCGUGGCUGGCACAGUGAGCUGCCCGGGGCCUGAGAUUUCCCCGUCCUCUGAUAUCCCCAUCACUAGCUGCUUGGAGUUCCUCUGGGACCGGCCUACUCUCCUAGUGCUGGGGAAUGAGGGCUCGGGCCUGUCCCUGGCAGUUCAAGCCUCCUGUCAGCUUCUCCUUACCAUCCUGCCUGGCCGCCAGCUGCCUCUUGGACUUGAGUCCUUGAAUGUCUCUGUGGCUGCAGGAAUUCUUCUUCACUCCAUUUGCAGCCAGAGGAAAGGUUCCCCUGGAGAAGGGAAGAGAGAACACCUUCUCCAAGACCCCCGAGAACCCUCCACCACAUCAGAAGGGCCUGGACUGGCGCAGCACCCAGGACUGUCCUCAGGAUCAGAACAAGAGAGGCAGAAUGGGAGCUGACUUGGACUGAGUUGUGUGUGCGGAGGGCACACAUACUCUCACCCUCAAAUGUGCUGGAGUCUCUUGCCCGAGCGUGCACCUAGGCCCCUGUUUACUAACCACUGUCUUGGGGGGCAGGGAGCUCUGCAGAAGAGACCAGAGGAAGGUUGUUUCCUGUUUUGAUUUUGGCCUUGUGGUUGGAGGUGGCGGCUUGUUCAUCUCCAGGAUGUCCUGGGCCCUGCCUUUAUGUCAAGACAUCAGAAGGGAAUCGGGCAGGCCAGUCCAGGUGUCCUGUUCCUCUUGAGCCAGUGUGAGAAUGUAGAGAGAGGCCCGGGUUUCUCUUGUGGAUGAGACAGGUACAAAUCCAGGCUCAAACCCUGCCCCAGUGGGGGCUUCCUCCUUCUGCACCUGCCUUUCAAGGGGUCUUUGUGAAGAUCAAAUAAAAUCACCUGGGCCGCUGUGUCCUAUUCCUCCA